CCACUGCAAGAUCUCUCCUACGAUGAUCUGUUGGGAGCAGACAGUGCACUAACAUACGUGAGAGAUUCAAGAUUUAAGGAAUCUAAGCUGAAAUUCUCAUUCAAAGAAGCUCUGUUCGAGAAAGAGAAGGAAGAACUGAAGAACUUGAAGAAGAAGUGCUCAGACAUAGAAACUUGGUUGGAGAAAGAGAAGGCAAAGGUGUUUGCUGCUCCUCUAACGUUGGAUGAUGUUGUCUGA